AUGUUGCCAGAUGCAAGCAUACUGAGUGUCGAUACAUCGAAACUAAAACUGGAAAAUGCACCGGACUUUUUCAGUAUCUACGUAAUGUCAUAUUGUUAUGGCUAUGAAAAAGAGUGUAUCGUCAACGAUGAUCCAAAAACUACAACGCUUCAAAAGUCCAUCGAAUCGUGCUCGGACCUCAAUCCACUCUCUGUUUUCGAUCCGGGUAAAGCAAUUCUUGACUCCAUCGGAAACCCCGAUGGUGUCUCCAACCCCCAAUGGCCCAGCUAUUUGACGGACGACUUUGCUGCGUUGGGCCCUACCAGCCAGGCUAUGGCCCUAUUACCAGGGCCUCCGACUCCCUUGGAUGAUAGCGACCCACCACCUGGCUACCCAGGCUCACCAGCGGACCUACCUCCCUCCAAUUUGCAGAUUCUGAGCCUGCUGGGAAGCACCAUCUUAUUGACCAUUGCUUCGAUCAUAGCGACCAUGAUAUCGACUCAGUUCGUCGAUUUGAUCACCAAAAGCGGAGCUCCCGAUUUUUCAGCUGGAUCUGGAGGUAGUUUCCUGGGUAUGGCAUGGACAGCGGUGGCUAUCCAAGCUUUGCUUACCACUGAUGUGCUUGUGGCCUUGUACCGAUGGAAGGCUCGUCAUUGCCGAUGCGAUUACGAAGAGCUCCCAAAUUCGCAAGACCCCGAGAGCAAAAGGCUUGUCUCUGGCACUAAUUGA